CUCUCUCCCUAUGGCUGCGCAUCUUGUUGAGCGGCGUCACUAACCAACUGUACACAGUGAGACCGGGAAGCUGAGCGCGCAGAGGCUCAUGGGCUGAGUGAGACUGACACUGUCUGGUACCGGCGCCUCCGCUACUGAUGCCAUGAACCUGGGGGAUGGGCUCAAGCUGGAAACUCAGAUUUUGGACGGGAAGACCAGACUCAUUUUGGCACCAUAUGGAAGUGACAGGAAGUCUAAUAAGCAGGCAGGUAACAGAGGAAGGACACAGAAAGUAACGCAGCCAAGUCAGGUCCUGAAAUCUGUGCAGAGCAAUAAUGUGAAGCCGGGAGCUGCCAUACUGAGAAUCACAAGUGGCUCACGAGAUGGGCAACCCAGCAAGCCGCUGGUUAAUGUGCUGAAGCAGUUGGAGAAUAAACACCAGACCCCUGUCCUACAGCAAAAUGUGCAGCCUCACAAGCAGGACCCAGGGAAAGCAAAGGCGCAACCCAAAAAGCCAACACACUCCGGCCCCCCCAAUCAGAGGGGAAAGCAACGAUCUCAGCCCAAGGUCUCAGCAGAGCAGCUCAGAGACAGUCUGGUGUGUCUGACCCAAGAGCAGUUCCAGCACAUUCUAAUGACCAUUAAUCAGGGAAACAGACUUGCUCAGGAUCACGGGGACAAUGACGUUGCAGAAGCUGAAGAGCCAGAGGAGGGGAGCACAACUGGACCUGCACAAAAUGUUCUGCCAUCACCUGACCCGGGUCCCACGGCUGCUGAGCUGAGCACCCAUGUGUACAACACGAGGGUGCAGGGGGAUUUAUUUAGUACACUUGGAGAACGAGAGAGAGACCGAGGCCACGAGGAAGCCAAAAAAGCGCAGUGGCGGAAAGAAUUAGAUGAGCAAAUUGCAAUGAAGAAGAAACUGAGGGGGUCUGCACAGGGCUGGCCAUACUCCCGGCACCAGGAAUCAUCCAGCUUAGAACCCAGCGGGUCUGACAGUGUGCUGCCACCAUCACAAACACACAAAGAUCCAUACAGCAGCGACAAUGCUACCCCUGCCCAGGAUGAUGUGUUUUUUGGAACAUCCACCAGUACGGAGACCAGCGAUUCUUCUCCCAUCAUUCUGAGCGGUCCAAGUGGAAGAGGCUCCAGCUUUAGCUCCCCUGAGCUUCCAGCUGCUAUCCGCAGUGCUUUUGUUUUGGGGGAAGCAGCACCUUUGGAUCACCCUUUCAGCGCCAUCAAGCGGCAGCAGCAGAAGAAGUGGCUGGAGGAGCUGAAUAAGCAGAGGGACGAGGCGAUCCUGCGCAAGAAGCUGGAGAAGAAGAAGAUGUUAGAGAGGGAGGAGACUGAGAAGUGGGCGAUGCAUUUUGACUCCUUUAAGAAGAUCAGUGAUCCCCAAACACAAGUCCCUCACAACACAGUGGAACUUGCACAACCUCAAAAUCUAUUACCAGCCCAGCAAUUUGUCCAUUCAACAUCAGCAGAACCAAUCACUUCUCCAGAUUUGAGUCCUACUCAGCGUGCAGAGGCCGAACAACUCCGAUCAUCCCAGGAGAAUCAGAAAACUGGGUUCCUCCGUACCAUGACGGCCUUAUUAGAUCCGGUGCAGAUUGAGGAGCGAGAAAAGAAAAGACUGAAGCAGUUAGAGCACCAGAAAGCCAUAGCUGCGCAAGUUGAAGAAAAACGCAGGAGAAAACAGCUGGAAGAAGAGCAGAGGCUGCGAGAAGAGCAGGAGGAGGAACAGAAACUGGCAAUGGAGCGAGAGCACAUGCAACGGCAGUUUGAAGAGGACACAAAUCGUCAGAAACAGAAAGAAGAGAUAUUAAACGUGAAGACUAAAGAGCUGUAUGAGAGUAUGCAGAGGGCACAGGAGGAGGCACAGAGGAUUAAACAGCAACAGAGGAUGCGACAUUUGGAGCACAAGGGGAACGACAUCUCCAAACUGCAGAGAAAUCCCACUACUCAUGGUGAAGCUGUGCAGAUGGAUUCCAGUAGGGCCAGCAGCAGGAUAGCAAACACAGGUCCAUCAGACCCCCAGUCUGUAGCAAAAAGUGCGGCGACCCCGAUGUCUGGUGUGUUGCUUUCACCCCGAAAGGAUACGGCUGUGCAAACUGAUGAAAUCGAUAGAGGAGGGGAGAGUGAGGCCGUGCUACCCGCAAGGGAUACAAUAUGGAGGCAGAGUCCUUCUCCCGAGGUGCCGAUUGAAUUUCAAGCACAAUCGAGGGCAGAGACGCACGUGAAAAAGCUGAAGUCCCUGAGAGAGAGAAGCAGCUCCAGGAAGGAAAAUAAAGACGUGUCCAGUGAUUAUUACGAGCAGUUUGCAAGAGCAGAAAGACAGACAAAAGAACUGGCUAAGAAGCCCGACUGGAAUAAGAAUAAGCCCCCCAAAAGAUUUGUUCCGGCCUCUGAAAGGUACCCCAAGGGGCUGCAGAGGCAGCGGGAGGAGAGCAGAGUUCGGAGGCAGAAUGAGCUGAUGAAUUUGGUGGAGAAAAACGCACUGAACAACCUGCAGAGCAAGAAAGGGAAUUCUCCCCAAAAAUCUCUGCCAAGCGACGACACAAGGGGGAAGACAACGAGCAAGAAAGCGAUGGAGGAGGAGUCGGCUGAGAAGGUCGAUCCCUACAUUAAAAGAAGUGAUUCCCCGCCGGUCCCUGCAGUGAAGAACAGAAUGCACCAAUCACACAAGAGACACAAUUCCGCCACAUCUCAUGUCGUACAAGGGAACACUUACACCGUUCAUCAGAAGGACAUCUCCCCGGAAAGCAGCGAGUCUGAGCGACCUCCUUCUUCCAACUUCAUUCCUUAUGUCCGGACCAAGGAGAUCUAUUAUCUGGAUCCAGACGCUCCGAUGUCUCGCCCCUCCACACAUGAUCCCCAGUACAAGCGCACUGGUGAUGAUGAUCAGACAACUCGGCAGAUCUUCAGCUCUGAUCAGGCCAGAGACCCUUUACUAAACCCCAGUGUUGUCAAGAACAAAGACCGGCAGCAGGCCAUACUCAAGGGACUGUCGGAAUUAAGGAAGGGGUUGCUGCAGAAACAGAAAGAACUGGAAACCGGUCUGAUGCCUGAUAUUUAAGCGUAUUCGAAAUAAAGCCGCCUGAUUGGGCCAAAUUGUACAUAUUUGUGUUGACUGAUACAAUCUCAGUGUUAGUGACUGUGGGUUUAAUGUUACUGUCUCCUUAUGUGUUGUGUGCUGUGCUAUUAUAUAUAUAUUUAUACCAGUGAGUGCUCCUGUGUAUUUUGUAGAAUGGUACUGUGAUUUUUGAAAAAUAAAUAUUUUUUUAAAUA